CCAAAACGCCUCGGGCCUGCCCAGUAAGUUAUGUCAGCUGUCAAUGACACCAAAUUCACACCUGCAGUGUUCCUUCUCACCGGGAUACCUGGACAGGAAGACGUCCAUCUCUGGAUCUCUAUCCCCUUCUGCUUAAUGUAUCUUAUUUCAAUAGUAGGAAAUUCAGUCAUUCUGUUCAUUAUAAAAACAGAUCCAAGCCUCCAUAAGCCCAUGUACAUUUUCCUUUCCAUGUUGGCCAUCUCAGACCUUGGCUUAUCCAUAGCCACCAUACCAACAAUGCUGGGUAUAUUCUUGUUUAACUCUAGGGAGAUCAGCUUUGAUGCAUGUUUUGCCCAGUUGUUCUUCAUCCACUCCCUUCAAUGCAUUGAAUCCUCCGUGCUCCUGUUGAUGGCCUUGGACCGCUUCAUUGCAAUCCGUGACCCGCUGAGAUAUGCCUCCAUCCUAACCCUGCCAAGAAUAGCCAAGAUGGGACUGGUGUGUGUUCUAAGGGGGGUGGCUGUAAUACUCCCACUCACCAUUCUCCUGAAACAGUUCCAGUAUUGUCGAGCCAAUGUCCUCUCCCAUUCCUACUGCCUGCACCAGGAGGUCAUGAAGAUGGCUUGUUCAGAUAUCAGAGUCAACAGUAUCUUUGGCUUGUUUACCAAACUCGUAACGAUGGGCUUGGACUUGCUGCUCAUCUUCCUCUCUUAUGUGAUGAUCCUCAAAACAGUGCUGAGCAUCACAUCCCAUGCUCAAUGCCUCAGGGCUUUGAACACCUGUAUCUCCCACCUCUGUGUCAUCCUGCUCUUCUACACACCAGACAUCAGCAUGGUUGUGAUGUACAGAUUCUGGCAUAGCUCUUCUUACUUGCUUCAGAUUGUUCUGAGCUACAUCUCCCUGCUGGUCCCGCCCCUGAUGAACCCAGUCGUGUACAGCGUGAAAAGCAAACACCUUCGUGCACGGAUAAUCAGGGUGUUUUUCAAGUGA